AGCGUUCAGCUGUUUAACGUUACAUCGCAUACACAAAGCGGGCAUUGGAGCACCAUUUCUUCAUUAAAUCUUUUAAAUAAACUAUAGCGAGAAACCGAAGUCAAAUAACAAAUGUCUCGCGCACGACUAAGAUGCCUCUCAUCGGGAACCAUAUGACGGCAUUUUAGGAUAUAAAUGGACUUUGUUUACGUCAGUGCGUCAUAUAUGUCACACACUGUUGUAGCUGUCAUCUAAAGGUGAAUUUCUUCAGAAAGGUGGCAGGUGAGCCACAUCACCCCAUCAAGAUGAGCCAGCAUGUGCCAAUCCAUAGCUGGUCUGGCUCUUAUUACAUCAACAGUGAGAAACGCUGGGUCAGCGGGACCCUUUCUUUAACCCGCACCACCCUGCACUUCACCUCCGAGCAGAACCAGGAGAGUCUGGCCAGCCUGCGGCUUUCACGCAUCAUGGAGAUCAAGAUGGAGUCCUCGAGCUUCAUCUUCAGCACUCUCACUGUGUUGGAGCAGGGAAACAUCAAGCACUGGUUCGGCUCCCUUAAACCCUGCCGGGCGGCUGUUUACCAUGUGCUGGAGCACUUCUGGAGGGAACGGCUGCUGUCGCCCACAGAACCCCAUGGUGCCGAAGCUCCUCUCAGCAAAGGCCAGGAGCUGAUCAGCCUGAUAUCUGGUGCUCAGCGGAGGCUUGAGGACACUGGGAAAGUUCUGCACCACCAGGGAGAGCAGUUUGACAACAUGGCUCAAGGCCUGGAAAAGAUUGAAUCGGAUCUAAAUGUGGCUGAUAAACUGCUCCAUGAACUUGAGUGCCCGUCUUGGUGGCCUUUUGGCAAACUACCGUGGAAGAGCCAUCAGGAGGCUAAAUCUGAGGCAGCUGCCAAAUCAUCCUACACCAAAGGAGCAGGCAAGGGCCAGAAAGUCAUAACCAGCAUUCCUGCCAUUAUCUCCCGGGUUGGAAGCACAGGGGACAUGAAACCGGGCAGUUUGACGGUGUUGGUUUCCUCCCUGGAGGUUCGAGAUGCAAACGGACAGCUUCUUCAUCACUAUGAGAGGGAAGAAGUGGACGAUAUCCGUGUGCACAACCCCUACGAGAUAAGCGUUCGACAGCGUUUCAUCGGCAGGCCCGACAUCUGUUUUCGAGUUCUGUCCGCCAAAAUGGUGGAAGCUUUGUCUGUACUGGAGAUGCAGUACAAGAAGAAAAUCGAGUUUACUCGUGACUACGCUGUAUUUCAGGUGACCCCAACAACGACACCGGGCAGCCCAGAAGGUGCAGGGAACAUCUGGAGCGCAGGUCAUGGGCAGGACACAGAUGUGCCAGUGGAGGUGCCUGCUGGUGAGCUGACUCAACUGCAGCUGCAGGUGCUGCAGCCCACAGUGACUGAAGCAGAAGCACAGGAGCUCAAACAGAUGCUGCAACAGCUGAAGAGUCUUGCCCUCGAGGCUGAGACGGAGCUGGAGCGACAGGACGAGGCUCUCGACGUACUCAGCUCUUCUACUGACCACACCACCAUGAACAUCAAUAGACACACUCGCCGUAUGAGGAAACUGAUGUGAUCUACGGAACUCUCGGUCACUGGAUGAACCCUAAAAUAUAUGCACAGGUCUACGUUGACCCCUGCAACCUAAAUCUGACUACACUGCUACAAAUGACACUUGUUUUCAGCAUCACAUGUUGCAUGGCUUUGCAUCUACCCAAACGUUGUGACCCAUGUGUUGUUAUAAAGUAACAUCUCAAUGUUUCAUGAUUCUGUGCACUGUCAAUCCCUAAUAGGAAUGCACUUUAUCUCAGGCGUGACCCUGUUUCAUUGACAUGACAAUUACAUGUGUGCUGAAUUUCAAUGACACUGUUGAUAAAUGUAAAACCAUUAUGCCGUAUUUAUUUAGCGUAUUCUUUGUGAUCAAGUCAACUGUACAAUAAACUUAAACUUACAU